GCGAGGAUGGAGAAGGACCCGGAUGCUGAUGCGAGCGAUGCGAAGGAAGAGGCGAGAGCGAGAGGAAAAAAAAAUAUCGAUUUACGGCAAGAAACCCGAAGGGAGUGUAAUAUAACGAGGCCUAUAAACCCUGCGCCAGCUAUCACCGAGAGCUAAAGAGCGAACCGGGGAAGAUAGUGCGAAAUAGGGGAUACUUGUGCGUGUGUUUUUUUUGCACCUGCUUUGAGAAGAUGCUACUGUGAUAUCGGCUGGCUCCUCGCAGGGAUGUAGAGCGAACGCUGGGCAAAGGGAGGACAGGACAGGACAGAGGAGGCGGGAAGGACUUUGAGACGACGCCGACUACGCUCGCCAUCUAGCCGUCGAGAGAAUGAGGCGUCCGUCGGAGCACUGUUACCAGCGUUUCUCGGUGGCGAACGACUCGAGGCGGUGUGGCUUAUUUUGACAGGACGGCCGCUGGGUCAAGGCGCCGAGGCUAAAGCUACAAGCUAGCCUCGCUGCUGUGUGGGAGAGUGGCGGCGAGGCUACACUUAGCAUGUCGUUGCACCUGUGAUUGGAGGAAGAAAAAAAAAUAGCCCUGACAGGGAGACAAAUAAAAUUAAAAUUCACACCACAUAUUCGACGCUUUGUUGGCCCGACCGUCAAUGUAUUUUUUUUUUAGAACACUUGUCUUUGAAUAGCCGUCAUAUAUCUAUCGUCAAAUGUGUAACAAAAUACUAGUUAUACAAAUAACUUAAUGUUCUGUGCUAGAAUUAACUAAUUUGCCAUGUUUAUUGUUUUUAUUCAGCACUACUGAGCUAGCUCCUAAACAAACAAAAAAAGGACAAGGAAUCACAAAGUAGUCAAGUUUAAAUGGAGGCUUUGACUGACUUCCCUCCCUAUUUGCUGAGUAUCUUCAGAUGUGAGCGCUGUGUAUGCCACAAUAACAUCUGGAUAAGCUGUAGAAAAUUACAGUAAUUGCAAUACUCACACUACUUGUAGUCUAGUGUCCCUCAAGUAAGAGCAGUAUGAGUAAGGAACUGUCUUUGAGUCAGUCCGCUCAAUAUGUCGGGCCCUAUCGGCUGGAAAAAACCCUGGGAAAGGGACAGACAGGGCUGGUUAAGCUUGGCAUCCACUGCAUCACUGGUCAGAAGGUCGCCAUCAAAAUUGUCAACAGGGAGAAGUUGUCUGAGUCGGUGUUGAUGAAGGUUGAGAGGGAGAUCGCCAUCCUGAAACUCAUCGAGCAUCCACACGUGUUGAAGCUGCACGAUGUAUACGAGAAUAACAAGUACUUGUACCUGGUCUUGGAACAUGUGUCAGGAGGCGAGCUCUUUGACUACCUGGUUAAGAAAGGCCGUCUGACUCCCAAAGAAGCCAGAAAGUUCUUCAGGCAGAUCAUUUCUGCUUUGGACUUCUGCCACAGUCACUCCAUCUGCCACAGAGACUUGAAGCCUGAGAACCUGCUUCUGGAUGAGAAAAACAACAUCCGUAUCGCUGACUUUGGUAUGGCAUCACUCCAGGUGGGUGACAGCCUGUUAGAGACCAGCUGUGGAUCACCACAUUACGCGUGCCCUGAAGUCAUACGGGGGGAGAAGUAUGAUGGAAGGAGAGCAGAUGUAUGGAGUUGUGGGGUCAUUCUUUUUGCUCUGCUGGUGGGCGCCCUGCCGUUCGACCAUGACAAUUUACGCCAGCUCCUGGAGAAAGUGAAGAGCGGUGUGUUCCACAUGCCACACUUCAUCCCCCCGGACUGCCAGUCCUUGCUCAAGGGCAUGAUUGAGGUCAACCCUGAAAAACGUCUCACGCUGGAGACGAUUCAGAAACACGCCUGGUAUCUGGGUGGCCGUAAUGAGCCUUGUCCUGAGCAGCCUCCUCCCAGAAGAGUGUGUGUGAGGCAAAUCUUACCCCUGACUGAGCUGGACCCAGAUGUGUUGGACAGCAUGCACUCACUGGGCUGUUUCAGAGACCGCGUCAAACUCACGCGUGAUUUGCAAUGUGAAGAAGAAAACCAGGAGAAGAUGAUUUAUUACCUGCUGCUGGACAGGAAAGAGCGCUACCCCAGCUACGAGGAUGAGGACUUGCCUCAACGCAAUGACGCUGAUCCUCCUCGAAAGCGCGUGGACUCACCCAUGCUGACGCGCCACGGUCGCUGCCGUCCAGAAAGAAAGAGUCUGGAGGUGCUAAGUGUCACAGAACAGGGCUCUCCGACGCCUCCUCGCCGGGCUCUGGACGCUGCACACAGCCAGAGGUCUCGCUCAGUGAGUGGAGCUUCCACUGGUCUCUCCUCCAGCCCUCUGAGUAGUCCCAGGGUGACUCCCCAGGGCUCUCCGUUACCCACGCCUUUGGGCACCCCUGUCCACCACCCUCACCACCCCUCCUCCACCCCGCCCUCCUCCUCUUCGUCCUCAUCCUCCUCACGGGCAGAGGGAGGGGGCGGGGUAGGCUCUCUGUCGCUCACCCCGCCCUCCAGCCCUGGAGGGGGAAGCGGGAUUGCGGCCAGCAGCUCUGCCCAUUGGAGGACUCGCCUCAAUUCUUUUAAGAACAACUUAUUGGGCUCACCACGGUUCCAUCGUCGCAAAUUGCAAGUUCCGACAUCAGAGGACAUGUCCAGUUUAACACCAGAAUCCAGCCCUGAGCUGGCUAAGAAGUCGUGGUUCGGGAACUUCAUUGGUCUGGAGAAAGAGGAGCAGAUCUUUGUGGUGAUCAGAGACAAACCUCUGAGUUCUGUCAAAGCUGACAUCGUCCACGCUUUUCUGUCUAUCCCAUCCCUCAGUCACAGCGUCAUCUCCCAGACAAGCUUCAGGGCCGAAUACAAGUCCUCCGGCGGCCCUUCCGUCUUCCAGAAGCCUGUCAAGUUCCAGGUGGACAUUGCCUUCUCCGAGGGCGAGAGGGAGCGGGAAAGGGAGAGGACCGAGAGGGAGGGCAGGAGGGAGACGGGAAUCUACAGCGUGACGUUCACCCUCAUAUCAGGUCCGAGUCGCCGGUUCAGACGAGUGGUGGAAACGAUUCAAGCCCAGCUUCUCAGCUCCCAUGAUCAACCCCUGGUGCAAGCCCUAUCUGAUGAGAAGAACGGCCGACCCCACCGGACCCCCACCCGCCAAAAUUCGAGGCGCUCAGAGGGUGGGGGCGACAGGUGCGAGUGGGGCGACCGAGCAGAUGGCGGAGGCAUAGGAGGCAGCGGGGGAGUUCUGCAGCGCAGAGGCUCAGCAAAGGAGAGAACCCGACUGCUGUCUACCAACGGAACCCAAUCUCAACCGUAGGUUAGAACGGGAAAGCCCGCCGCAGGAUGCCUGACCGACAUUCACAGUCUUCGGCUUCAUCUUCAAGCAUACCUGCAAGCCACAAGCUCCUCUGAUUCUCCCUCGACUAAGUGAGAGGUGCUUUGAUAUUAGCAAGAAUUGAGCCUUCCCCAUCACGCUUUUGUUUUUAACACUGGUCUUGAUCCUUGGAUGACCCGGAUUCCAAGUUUCAACCCUUCAAUGAGAACGAUGGAAUCACCCUUUAAAGAAAAUAUAAUAUGUGAAUGAGUAGUUUGGUAUCCCACUGUAGAUACAGCUUCUCAAAAUCAAACUAGGAAUUUUAAAGUGCUAAUGUGCAUGCCAGUUAGCAAAUCAGCCUGCUAAAGGAUGCUGAGAAGACCUGUUAGCUAGUCUACCGUAAGCAUUGUACUCCAGCAUCUGAUACCAAAAAGAAUUGGGUGUGUUGUGACGGCUCUCAAGAUUAUACCUAAAAUUAACCAGUUCGUGUUCAUGUCACUGUCAGGUGACAGUCCAGUACUAGUGCAUACUGAAAGACAUCAUGUAUCAGUGGCAGAUUAAACCUGAAGCAUCAAGCUGAUCAAAAGGUCCUGAUCUUCUCAGGAAGGCAGCGUCCUACCCUGACUCAAAGAAAACCAACAAAGUAAGCUAUGUCAGUGAAUGUGAAAAAAUAUUUGUUUAUUUCGUUCUUAUUUAUUUCCUUUGAGGAUGUGCAGUGAUAGCAGCAAAAACAGCACACACAUCAGUGCUGGAAAGAGGAAGCUGCCUCUUUAUUUCACUUUUUUGUUUUGCUAUUUUAUUUAUCUUCAGAGACAAGAUGAACUAAUGCAUUUGGACUCCUGUUACUCUGAGGAUUUUUUUAAAAUUAUUUUUUAAUUUAUUUUAUUUUUUUUUUAAUUUCAACAGAAAUAUGAACAUUACUCUAUGGAGAGGGAGGGGAAAAAACAAUAUGUGUGACUAUGUCCAUGAACCUCAUCACAGCUGUUUGUCCCACAUUGAAAGAGAAUGACAUCCCUGGGCUGUAAAGCUUCAGACUGAAGCCUCCUUUUCUUGUCAAGCUUUUCUCCUUACUGUUGCCAGCGCAUUCCGAUAAGACGGACACACAAAUGGAUACGUUCAUGGUUUCACGGCUCACUAUGACACAUUUCUGGUCGACCUGGACUUUGCAAAGCGGAAGUAAGCAAUGCAUCUCUCAUCCUGCCCCUCACACGGUCAUGUGGUAUUUACUCAAAUAGUCUAAUAAAAUAGCUGAUGCUCAUCACCAGUCUUCCAUACAGCACAAUAUGCAACAAAUGUGCAGGAUGUUGUCCAACAGAGUGCUAAUGUAUGUUUUUGGUUUACGUAUUUAUUUAAUUAUACAGCCAUCUACUACCUUUAUUUAUUUAAUUUUAUUGCAUCGUAUUUGUUUUCGCACAUGAACUUUUCCAUCACUUUAGUUUUAGCACUUUUCAAAUGGGAGAAACCAUGAUAGCAGUACAGUGUGUGAUCUUUGAUUAUCUGAUAUUCAAUACGCUCAUCGCUGGCAUGUGUGGGAGAUUGGUGGAUGACGACUCACCAACAAUGAGCUGAUUGAACCUUUAAGAAGCCACACAAAGCCUGUGUGACAGACCUGCAGGUACGCAACCAACCCCUAAUAGGCAUGUCAUUUUCCCCCUCACACUUGCCAGUUUGCUCCAUUGUUUGCUUUUUUGCCUCGUCACUUUGACCUGUUUGUCCGUCCUUCACAUGUUGCGUAGUCGUCCUCAUCAGCACACGAGAAACCAUCGUUCGCCUCACUGUGCACUCACUUUAUGAUUGCUCACUGUUGUCCAAUUCAUCUUUCUCUUCUACACGCCACGUUCACUAUCAUUGACCCAACUCUGGCCAAGAUUGUAAACUAUUCUCCAUCCAUAAUGGUCAGUAAAAUAAGGUGUUUAAAGAAGACGUGUCUGUACAAUAAUUUAAAUAUAAAAAGUGCACUAUUAUAACUAUUGCCUGUGAUUUAAAAAAACAAAAAAACAAUUAUGAUUGAAUUGAUGGUCAAAAUAAAGAGAGAUCCACCUUAUUGUUAUGGUUACAAUAAUGAACCCUAAAUGUGUGUGCGGCCUCUAUCAUUUGUGAGGUCCAUUCAUUUAUCCAUUUUAUAUCACUUGCCCUGUUCAGUGUAUCCCAGCUGACUUAGGGUGUAAAGAAGAGUACACAUCGGAGUUUGAAUGUGAUUAAUUCUGAAAACAGCUUGUGCACAAUUGUGCAACAACCACAUUAUCUCAGUUGUUUAAUUUUACGUCCCUCAAAAAACAUGUUUUUUUUUAGCAAUUGAGUUGUACAGCUUAUAGCUCACAUAAUUAAUGGUGGGAAAAGUUUUAGUCUAAUUUUUCAUGUCACAAACAUCAUUUGAACAGGGGUAUGCAGACUUUUUAUAUCCAUUCUUUAAAGACAGAAAACCUUUCAUACUCAAAUUUACACUGUUACUAAGGUGGCAACUGAACCUGCCUGAACUGAAGUCAGGUACAUGUACCACUAUACCAUCAGUGACUAAUUUCUUACCGUACAACAGUUAGAUUAUUUUACAUUGCACUAAAUGUUAGUAACAUAUUCAUAUUUUAGUAAUCCGGUGAUUCCCAACUUCUGUGCAGCUGCACGUGAGUGUGAGCGAUCCAUCAGGUGCGCCAUAGGACAUUUUCCAAUUGUACUUCGUCUGAAAAUGUAUUAUUUUCGUGCUACAAAUAAUAAUAAUGAUAUAUGAAUAGUCAAGUUUAUUUGUAUAGCCCUUAAUCACAAAAGUCUUCAAGGGCUUCACGGGACCAAAGCUGACAAAGAUUGACAAUGAUAAUCUUUGUUCAUCUAUCUAUGUCAGCAAUGUAUAGUGACAGGCACAACAAUUAAAUGUUCUAAUGUCCAGUUAAACCGUUGUCAUUCAUACAACAGAAUGAUACAGUAGCUUUGUGUUUAACUAAACAGGCCCAGAUUUCAUAUACUGAGUAUGAAAAUCUGAGUAAAUUGAGACGAAAUCAUUAUUUCAAUAUAUGUAUAUACUUUGGGGAAUUUAUGUUUUGUU